CGAUGACCGCGAGCAUCCAUUUAUGAGUCGGUAACAACUCGACUCUCGUAUUCCCUCGAAAGAUGUACGGAAGUAUACUCCGCACGCUAACUUUGCCGCAAACGGCCCGGCAAGCGCACCUGCGAACCCUCUCUUGGACUCGGACAGUCGCGCCAAGAAUCUGGCACUGUGUUCUCUCUCCAGCUUCCCCAUGCCCCACACCCCACACGACAGCUUUCAACCGCCGGCCCGUCUAUCCCGCACCCACGGUAACGGUGCGAGUCGGCUUUGCGGCAGUCGGACUCCUGAGACAUACCAUGAGCUGAGGUCGAAGUAGUCGGGCGGGCGCAUGCGGAUUGCGACUGGCAUCGCCUCGCCUUCGUGGACUGCGGCCAAACCUGCCGAAGGACGAUUCAUCUGAGGCGCGACCUUUACUGUGUGCAACAUGGAUGCUCGCAGUGCGCAUGACGGGUCGUCCGUCUCCGGAUCCGAGACGUCGAAGAUGAGGCUGCAGCUGCCGGCAAGCUGUGACCCGCCGCAGCCCGGCGCGCCGGCGAAACAGCUGGUGUGGAUCGUAUUCGGCGGCACCGGCCACAUGGGCCGCUCGCUCGUCAAGUCGGCGCUCAACCAUGGAGACCUGGUCACCACGGUCGGCCGCGUCUUCGAGACGUCGCCCGAAGCCAUGGCGCAGCACAACAGCGACACCUGCCUGGGCCAGCUGUGCGACGUGCGCGACGGCGCGUCGGUGGCGCGCGUCAUCCAGCGCACGCUAGAGCGCUUCGGCCGCAUCGACUGCAUCGCCAACUGCUCCGGCUACGGCGUCAUCGGGGCGUGCGAGGACCAGGACGAGUACGAUCUGCGCAACCAGUUCGAGACCAACUUCAUGGGCACCCUGCACAUCGUCCAAGCGAGCUUGCCCUACUUCCGCCAGCAGAACGGCGGCCGGUACCUCAUUUUCAGCUCGACCUCUGGCGCGCUGGGCGUGCCGGGGCUCGGCCCGUACUGCGCGACCAAGUAUGCGGUCGAGGGGCUGAUCGAGGCCCUGCUAUACGAGGUGGAUGCGUUCAAUAUCAAGGCGACGCUGGUAGAGCCGGGCUUGGUGAGGAGGGAUGAACCGGACUCGGGCACGAACCCGCUGCCCACAUGGGGCCACUUCCUCAUCAAGCCGGCCAGCGAGGCUUACUCGCACGCGACGUCCCCGGCGCUCCACGCGAAAAGGAUGGUGCAGUGGCUCGGCGACAGGCAGCCGACCAGCGCCGUCAAGUGCGCCGAGCUGGUGUGGCAACUGGGCCACUGCUCGUACCCGCCGCUGAGGCUGCUGCUGGGGAGUUACGCCAUUGAGAGCAUCCGCGACCGGCUACGGUCGGUGACGGAGGAGUUGGAGGACUGGAAACAUCUCAACUUCCCGGCCGCAGCCGAUGCCUUUGGGGGAGAGAAGGGCGAGAAAACGGACAGAGAGGAGAAGGGUGACAGAGAGGAGAAGGGUGACAGAGAGGAGAAGGGCGACAGUGAGGACAGGGACGACAGGGACGACAGGGAGGAGAGACCCGAAAGGGAGGAGAGACCAGAACGGGAGGAGGGCGAAGAAACAGAUGGCGGGGCCCGUGAGAAAGAAGAAGAGAAGGGCAAGGAGAGGGAAAAAGAUGAUGGGGAGAUGAUGGAGGGGAUAACGCCCGAGGUGAACGAGACGGAGGGGAGUCAGGGGACUGCAUGUGUUGGUGGCAGUGACGGCGAGAAGCAGGGAUAGUUGAAUAUUUGCAUUUCCAUCUACCUCCGAUCCUUCACUUGUUCACCUGCCAAUGUUUCUUGUUUGCAUGCAAGCCUCACAUGGGU